AUUGAUCAAGUGGAAGGCACCUCCCACUUGGCUUGUAAAAUGCGGUAUUGCGGAAAAGAAACAAAGAAAUCGAUCAGGGAAGCUGGCACACAGUACAAAGAAGAGCUGGCAACGAAAUGGUCACGACGCAUCGGAUCAGAUAAAUCUUACUAGCAAAUUAACGCCACGUACUACAGCAAAGCUGCAAACCACGCUACUAAUUAACGCAUUAAAGUUUUCAAAAGUCAAAUACUCAAUCAAAAUGUGUUUUUCAAUUUUAAUAUACAUGUAUUUAGAUUUUUUGCUGAAAGCCGGUGAUUGCUACUUAUCAUUGUAUGAAAGCGACAAUGGCAGAGAAACGCUCAAAGGAGAGAAAGACGUCAAGAAGGCAAGCGAAUUCAACAUUCAUUUAGAGCAGAGCCACGCUAACAAACAUACCUACCUUGAUCACAUCACUGAGCCCCAAUCCGGGUUCUAUAUUUAUUGUAAGAGCAAGAAAUCAGGCCAACAACUCUAUCUUACCGCAGACUCGGGGAACAACAGUGUCACACUGGUGACCAGCAUUACCUCUCCAGAAGACAAAGGAAUAUUUUUUCUGGAAUACCCACGUGAUCACAUCCUUGCAUCACUCUCUAACUGGCCAACUGAUUCCCUACAUUUGAUUCGCAAAACAGCUUACACCAGACGACAUCAAUACUUGGUUUUGACUCACAAUCUAGAGAUCAAGGCUCUCUUUAAAGGCGACGCUUUCGAUGCUAAAACGCAAGGUCGGUGUCAGUUUCAAGUAGAACAUUCAAAUACAACGAAGGCAGGAGACUCAAUCAAUGAUGAGACAUCAAUAGAAUAGUUUACAACAGUAUAACAAUCAUGACGCUAUUAGAGGUGUAUCUGACUGUUGCGCUGUUUAGAUCGAUGACAUAUAUAUGUCUAUAGAUGAAGUCUAGAGUCUCGCGUUACUAGGCCUUCGAAAGGAAGCGGCCUGGCUUAGUUUUAGCAUGCAACAAUUGAAUAGAUCGAUUUACUUAU